ACUUAAACUUGAUCCAACCCAAACCCGAUCCAAACAACCCGAUUGCCACCUCUGAAAUUUACACGAAACUAAAAAGGUUAAUAUACCCAUGCAGUCGGAUCAUCCAACCCUAACCCGUUACCCACCGAACCCGUCUCACAAACCCAACCUGCCGGCGGCCACGGUGUCGAUGGCCACCUUUAACUCGCUAGUCAAAGCCGUUUAAAAAAGUACGCACUCCGUAAUUCGUUUUACCAGAAAAAGGUCCCACCCUCCUUUCCAUUUCUGUCGUAUUUCCCUCCCCUGCUUUUCUUACCAAGUUCCUAGAUUUUGAAGCUUCUCCGCCGGCCACCGGAUGUUCAAUCGGCGACGUUAGUACUUCCGAUGGAAAUUGAAUCAGCAUCAACAGGAGAGUUUGAUUAUGUGUGGUCAUCUGUAAAAAAGGAGCUAAUUCAAAAAUCCCGCGUAUCUGACAAUGGUCACCUGUAUUUGGAGGGGGACCCACAUUCAUGGAUUCAAUCCAAUCCAGCUUCUCUGCAAUUAGUUAGAAGCUUGGAGUUGGUAUUUUAUGACGAUGAUGUGAAGAAUCUAGAAGAUUCCAUUGGUCAACUCUCUGAACUCUCCCACUUAUAUAUCUUAGCAAGCAGAUUUCUCAAUUGUCUACCUAAUGCUAUCAUAGGGCUGCAGAAUCUCCAAGAAUUGCGAGUUAAAGAUUGCUAUGAUCUUGAAGAAUUGCCACCCAAUUUAGGUCACUUGAUUAGCCUUAAACACCUCUAUGUUUCGGGUUGUGGCCGCAUUAAAUCACUUCCUAAUAGCAUUAUGAAGCUACACCAUCUUGUGACAUUAGAUCUUACACAAUGCGAUUCAUUUGCGAAAUUGCCUGAAGGUUUGAAUGAGUUGGUUAGCCUUAGAUACCUAUCUGUUUCUGAUUGCCCCAUUAAGUCACUUCCUGAUUGUAUGAUGAAAUUGUCUAGUUUGGAAGGUUUAGAUCUUACUGGGUGUUGUUCUAUCAGAGAUAUUGUUGGGAAUUUGGGCCAGUUGAUCAAUCUUACCAGUCUAUCUAUUUGCUUUUGCUGUCUUAACUCCAUUCUUCAUAGCAUGCCAAGGCUAUGGACCAACUUAGAAAUUUUACGGCUCAAAGGAGUAUGCGAUUCCAUCACAGAAUUGCCCGCCAAAUUGGAUCGACUUGUCGGUCUUAGGCGUCUCUCUCUUUACGAGUGUGCUGACAUUGAGUCACUUCCUGAUAGCAUGUCAAAUUUAUCCAAAUUGGAAGCUUUUGAUCUUCAAGGUCAAUGUUUUUCUGAAUGCUGUCCCAUGGUAUUGCCAAAAAAUUUGGAUGUGUUAGUCAGCCUUAAACAUCUAUCCCUUGACCAAAUCUGUGACAUUGAGGCCCUUCCUGAUAGCUUGAUGAAGCUAUAUAACUUGGAAACUUUACAUAUCUAUGGAGUGUCUGAUAAUAGUUUUCACCUUGAAAAUUUUCCACCUGGUUUGGAUCAGUUGGUCAGCCUUCGGCGUUUUUCUCUUGGAUAUUGUGAUAUUCAGUCUCUUCCGGAUAGCAUGACUAAGCUGUCAAACUUGGAAACUUUAAUUCUUAAAGGGUGUGAUGAUCUGUCAUCAUUGCCAGCGAAUAUGGAUCAGUUGGUCAGCCUUAGACAUUUAUCACUUGAGUGGUGCAUGAUCAAGUUCGUUCCUAACAUAGGAGGACUGCGCAAUUUGGAAGACUUACAACUCAAAUGCUGCGACUGCCUUGAAGAAUUACCAGCAGAUUUGGGUGAGUUGGUCAAUUUGUGGCGCCUCGAUAUCAGUGGUACCCAAAUCAAGUGCCUUCCUGGGAGUAUUUCAAAGCUAUACAAUUUGCAGUUUCUAAUCCUCCCCGGGGGAUUCAGACUUGAAACAUUGCUUCACAACAUAAAGGAUUCUGUCUUAAUUUCUGUUGAUGAACCACUAAUUCGUAACAGAGCUUGGAGUGAACUCAGAAAAGAGAUCACACGCUUUUCUGAGCAGAUAGACAGUGAAGCCACCUGCUAUUCUGUUUGUGUGCUUGAGCUCAUAAUGACUCCGCAGAAGAUCAACUAUGCUUCUGAGGUUGAAAAGAUGCCAAAUUUCUUGAGGAUGUUGCCUCUUUCUCUUUUUCCUCCUAUUCCUGCUUGGAAAAUGGCAACUGAUGCAGCUAUGGUUGAAUAUGAAUGGUCAUCGUUGAGAAAGGAGGCUAGUUACCUUUGUUUGGAUGAGGAUCCAGGGAAAUGGAUUCAGGCUAACCCAUCUGAUUGUCUGUCAGUACGAAGCUUGGAGUUGAAUUAUCUGAAGAAUGUGGAGAAGAUAGUGGAUCCGAGUUCAAUAGUGGAGCUGUCUCAGCUUAUUCACCUCCGUUUCUAUGACUGUCUAUCCCUCAAGUAUCUCCCAAACACCAUCACAAGUCUGGCCAAGUUGCAAUCGUUGGAAAUUGUAAAUUGUUACGAACUGCAAGAAUUACCACCAAAUUUGGGUGACUUAGAGAGCCUUACACAUUUACAUCUUGAUAGGUGUGCAGCCAUAAAGUUCCUUCCUAAUAGUCUUGCAAAGCUAUCCAAGUUAACAGGUUUACAUCUCUCUUCUUGUAAAUCACUCACAGAAUUGCCUGCAAAUCUGAAAGUUGUGAACCUCACGAUUGCAAGUUGCGGCAACAUCACGUGCCUUUCUGAAGGUCUAAGCCACCUGCAAACUUUAUGUCUCUCUUUUUGUGAAUCACUAACAGAAUUGCCUGCAAAUUUGAAUGUCAUAAACCUCAAGAUUAUGUAUUGCAGCCACAUCAUGUGCCUUCCUAAAGGUCUAAGCCACCUGCAAACUUUAUUUUUCGAAGCCUAUUAUCUCUCCAAAGAAUGCCUUGUAAAUGUAAAGGGCUUGGUGAGUCUACGGCGCCUCACCAUUAAGAAUUACGCCCGUACUCAUCAAAGUCGUCGUAGUAUCAUAGAUUUGCUUGAAAACCUGGAUGAGCUGCCCGAAUUAUUUCUUCUGAAUAUUGAGUCAACCACAAUCAAGUGUCUUCCUUGGAGCAUCACCAAGUCACCCAAGUUGCGUUUCUUAUUUCUCCCCAUGGGUUUCAUACUGCAGACAUUGCCAUAUCAUUUGAAUGAUUCCAUUAUUAUUACUGUUAACUAUGAGCAUGUUCGUAAAACCUGGAAAGAACUCAAAACAGAGAUUGGCCCUCUUGUUGUUCAAGUGGGAAAUCGGGAAAUGCCAAUGACUGCAGCUCAGAAUACCUUUAUACCUGUUCCUGGCUACCUUCGAUGGUAUGGGGAUAACGCAGAUACAGAACAACAGAUUCUGCAUAAUUAUGAUUCUCUUAUGUCUGUAAAAAUUCUGGAUUUGGGAAUAGCACUUAUCACAAUGGAGCUUAUACGAUUUAUUGAGGAGUUGCCACAGCUCACUCACCUGUAUAUUUCUGACGCUGAAUUCAUGAUCUUAAUCAUGUGGAUUACUAACGCUGAAUUCCUCCAGCAUCUCCCGAACACAAUCAUGAGGAUGACACAUCUCUCUAUGCAGUAUUGUCACAAGUCCCCUUCUGAUGUACUGGGAAAACUAUUUAACUUGAAAAGCUUAGAUCUACAUAUGUCGUGUGAAUCAGAACUGCCAGCAAGUAUGGAUCUGCCUGUCAGCCUUCAAUGUCUAACUCUACAAAAUUGGAAGUUUGAGUCACUGCCUGAUAGCAUGGAAAAGCUUACUAACUUGAAAGCUUUGGAACUCCAUUACUGUUCUGAUCUCGUAUCUUUCCCAGCAAAUCUAAGUCUCACCAGAAUCAAGAUUGUUAGUACCACCUUCAAGUCACUUCCUAUAGGUCUAUGCCACCUAGAAAUCUUACAUGAGGUAGAAGGUUGUUUGGAAGGAUAUUAUAACUGUCAUGAUUUUAAAGACUACUUGAAUCAUUUGGUCAACCUGGAGACUCUAUCUAUUACAUGUUGUGCCAUCAAGUCAUUUCCCUAUACAACAGAAUUACACAACCUGCGAGAAUUACAACUCAGAGACUGUUUCCGCCUCAAAAAACUGCCACCAAAUCUGGGUGAAUUGAUCAAUUUGCACACUCUCGAUAUUAGUGGUACCAGAAUCAAAACCCUUCCUGAUAGCAUCGUGAAGCUACCCAAUUUGAAGCGCUUAGUCCUGCCCAAGUGUUUCAUUGUGGAAAGCCUGCCGCCAAAUGUUAUGUUCUCUGUUGAUGACAUGGAUGAAACUUAUUACCAGAAGAUGGGCUAUUAUGAUUUGGAAACCUCCGAUGAAGACAGUGAGAUCUCAUUACAGUCCGCAGAGGGUGUCGUUGAGGUGAUUUCCGAAGAAUCAGAAGAAGAAAUCAAUGUUGAGCAGCGAUCACCCCGUCUAUUGCAGAAUCAACUUGAUGCUACAGUUCCCGGAGAUUCAAAUGGCUACAAAGAUGAUUUGAUUAGUGAAAGCAGUCAGCGUCCCUCAAGAGACACCUACAAAGAAGACAAUGGGAUCGUGGAAGGAGCAUCAGAAGAGGGCAUUAUUGCUGAGCAGCAGACACCCCACUUAUUGCAGAAUAUAUCCUCCAACACCGCAUAUGAUAGAGAUUCUCAUUCUUAUUAUGGAAGAAUCGAUCCAAUUGGCAAGGACAGUCACCAUGCCUUUUGCAGUUCAGAAGAUCAACUGACAGAAACCUUUCCUUUUGGAAACGAAAAUUGUACGACACACUAUAGAUUUUCGAAUUCACGAGAAACAGGGCUCCCUGGUCAGAGCAGUCAACCUUCUUUACAAAUACAAACGGCCAACACGAGUUUGGAGGUUGAACCUGCUCUUGCACCUAUUUAUCAACAUGAUUCUCGAUAUGAUACAGGUCAUGGCAUUGACUCUUUGGAGGCUGAACCUGAGCUUGCUCCUAUUUAUCAACAUGAUUCUCAAUGUGAUGCAAGAAAUCUUGGUGAUGGAAUUGACUCUUUGGAGGCUGAACCUGCGUUUGCACCUAUUUAUCAACAUGAUUCUCGACGUGAUGCAAGCAAUCUUGGUGGUAGGAUUGAGUCUUUGGAGGUUGAACCUGCUCGUGCACCUAUUUAUCAAAAUGAUUCUCGAUGUGAUGCAAGAAAUUUCGUUGAUGGGAUCGACUCUUUGGAGGUUGAACCUGCACUUGCACCUAUUUAUCAACCUGAUUCUCGAUGUGAUGCAAGAAAUCUCGGUGAAGGAAUUGAGUCUUUGGAGGUUGAACCUGCGCUUGCAACUAUAUGUCAUAAUGAUUCUGGACGUGAUGCAAGAAAUCUUGGUGAUGGGAUUGACAAUCAUGUACAAGAAAAUGGACAGAAUAACGAAAAUCUGCAAACGGGAUGGGAUAAGCGCAAUAGUAAGAAAAUUACUAAGGAGGCUAUCCUUAACCUCUUUCCUAGAAACAUAACGUUAGUUUCUGCUGCAAAAGAGCUUGGAGUUUCAAGGUCUACAAUGAAGCGCAAAUUGAUAGAGUUUGGUAUCAAGUGGCCAUCAAGCAGACAUGCCAAGAAGAAGAAAAGCACUACUAAAUCACCCUCCAGCAACAAUCCUUCACAGAUCAAUUUGGAGGGAUUAGAUUCUGCAAAUCAGCAUACAUUGUCUGAUCAAGUACCGUCCAAAUGUAAUGCCAUUGACAACUCAACAAAAGAAGUGCCCGUCAUGGCAACUCAACUCCAUACAGAUGUGAAUCAGUGUACAUUGUCAAAUACUGUACAAGAAAGCGGAAGUUCAUGGAGGUUUGUGGUGAAGGCUACUUAUAAGGAAUAUCCGGUGAGGUUUGAAUCCUUUUGUACCAGUGUUACUGAUCUUAAGAAGGAAGUGGCUGACAACCUGGAGCUCGAGUUAGGAACAUUCAGAAUACAAUAUGAAGACGAUGACAAAGAGUGGAUGCUAAUGACCAAGAACAAGCACUUAGAGUAUGCUUGUAACCUUUCAAAAUCAUCUGGAAGCAAUAUUCUAAGGUUGUUGAUUAUUGAUUUGUGAACUCAAAGAUUGAGGGUUGAAGAGACAUACCAUGAGUGACCUCUGGAGUCAACGAAGCAGUCUUGAAAGAGUCAGGACCAGAAUCAUUAGUGAGCAGACAUACAAGAGCUGCUGAAUCUUUGUGAUGCAGAUCAAGUGAUGCGCAUGUUCCUGGAGGUAUGUGCUUACCCCAUAUGUGGCAUGCUACGUUACUCGGACUCUUUGUUUCACCCCAAGUACCCGUGUCGGAUCCUUGACCUUCGGAUAUGAGUAUGACACUCCGACACUUUAUUUUGGUCUAAAAUCAAGGAAAUUUUCCACAAUUUAGCAGUGUCAAACACUUGGACACGUACCCGUGUCCGACACCAGUACCUGAGUCUGAGUAACAUAGGUGGCAUGUUCUACGCGACUACAUCACAGCUCUUAUAUUUUAAAUCUAGUGUCUCGUGCUCAAGUUUUUGGAGGGGUGUUGUGCUUCUAGUCUGGGAACAACCUUACAAGUUACAACCAUAUUUCUUCUAAAAAUGGGAAGAACAACAAGAAUCUGCAUAAUGUUUGUGUGAUUUAAGUGUUAGGAGUUUAUAUGUUGUGAUUAAUUGUGACUAAUUGGUUUUUAGGCCCAUUGUGUAUACGUGAUGUAUAGUUGGGCUUAGGGUUAAGUUAUGUGCACAUACUAUAGCUUAUACUCUCGUAUACUAUAUGUAAGCUGAAUUGAUGAAAUGAAAAGACAAGGAAACCUAUUUUCUGGCAUAAA